UACCUAUAUUAGCAUAUCGAUUAAGUACACUCGAACGACUUGAUAAAAUAUUUGUCAUACACAAAACACAUUUCAUUGAACAAGAUACACGUAAUGAAUUGAUGACAAUUGAACAUAGAAUUUAUCGAGAACUUUUUCGACGACAAGAAAUGAAUAUUGAUGAUGAUUAG